GUCCCGCAGGGAUGACUUGCGAAAGGGGUUGGGGGGGAGAGAAAUAUCUCGCGGCCGGCGAAGCCCUAGAAUUGGAGCCCAGAAAGAACGGGCUCGAUGUUCAAGAGGAAACGGCCCAGUGCGUCUCAUGGUUUUACCCGGCCCAUAUGUCGUCGUCUUGCGUCGGCGCGCAGCCGCGGCCACGCAUGCCGCGCUGCAGACCACCUGCCGGCUUCCUGUGACCCCGCGAAGCCGGUGGUUACGAGCGACACAUCUGAGUGAGAUCCGCGCGCGCCUCAGUUCUCGGCUGCAAACCAUGGACCAAAAUAGGGUGACGGGAUGAGCGCAGAUCGGCGCAUGUGGAUGAAGAAAGAAACCAGGAAGGGCUAAACCGUCGCGAGGUAGAAGAAGGGAAGGGGGGCAGAGCAGCAGCACAGAGCCAUGCAGGCGGUGCGGACGCGGCCGGAGCAGCGCGCGGAGGCGGCGGUGGAGGCGAGCCCGCUCGCGAGCGCGCGGUCGUGGAGCCCCGAGGCGGAGAUCGGCAUGCGCGUGGAGGACAUCUGGGACAGCCUCGACGUGCAGCAGCAGCAGCUCAGCCACGGCGACAAGCUCAACAGCUGCUUCGACAGCAUCCCCGUCGCAUCCUUCCCGCACACCUUCGACGGCGCCCAGCUCGUGGAGAUCCCCUCCGACGCCACGCUCGCCGAGGCCGUCGACAUCCUGUCGCGGAACAGGAUCAUAAGCGCGCCCGUCAGGAACGUCGACGCGCCCGAGGACGCCAGCUGGAUCGACCGUUACAUCGGCAUCGUCGAGUUCGCCGGAAUCGCCGUCUGGCUGCUCCAUCAGUCUGAAGCCGUGGCGAAGGCCGACGUCAGCGCCGACGAGCUAGCGGCGAAGCUGGGCACUGUCACCCUGGAGGGUGCCGCGGCCGCGGCCGCGAACGUGCGAGAGCCCAAGAUGGCGGAGUCUGAAGGAGCGAUCGCAGAAGUCUUCGGAGCCCUGCCUUCUUCAGACCUGUUCAACAAAACAAAGGUGAAGGACAUCUCCGGGUCGUUCCGGUGGGCGCCGUUCCUGGCGCUGCAGAGCUCCGACACGUUCCUGACGAUGCUGCUGCUGCUGUCCAAGUACCGGAUGAAGAGCCUGCCGGUGGUGGACAUCGGCGAAGGCACCAUCAGCAACGUCAUCACGCAGGGCGCCGUGGUGCACAUGCUCUCCGAGUGCGUCGGCCUCCACUGGUUCGAGGAGUGGGGCACCAAGACGCUCUCCGAGAUCGGACUGCCCAUCAUGAGGCUCAGCAAGAUCGUCAAGGUUCGCGAGGACGAGCCGGCGCUCAAGGCCUUCAGGCUGAUGAGGAGAAAAGGGGUUGGAGGCAUACCGGUUGUGGAUGACAGCGGCAGGGCGGUAGGCAGCAUAAUGAUCAAGGAUGUCAAGCAUCUACUUACGGCAUCGGAGGCAAACAGAGACUACAGGACACUCAAAGCGAAAGAAUUCAUUGCGAAUGCACGACAGAGCUCCGGCGAAAGGCAAAUGAGCAUCAUAACGUGCAGUAGAGGGGACAGUGUCAAGGACAUAAUAUUGAAGCUGGAUGCAGAAAAGAGGCAGAGGAUCUAUGUGAUCAACGAGGAAGGGAACCUGGACGGCUUGAUCACCCUCAGAGAUAUCAUCGCCAAGUUGGUGUAUGAGCCACCUGGCUAUUUUGGAGACUUCUUCAAUGGUGUUAUCCCUCUACCACAAAACAGCAGGGUUUGAAAAGUUUAGUCGAAUCAGGAAUUACUUUUUGCCAUGCUCUCUCUUGAUUCAUUGUCUGUAGAACUUGAUUAUGUUUUCCUUCACAUUUCUAGUGUUCAUAAGUGUUUAGUGAGCUUACCUUAACCCUUCUAUGUAGAUAAAUAGUUUUGUCAUAAUGCUUCCAUGUGUGGAACACUAAUGCUUGUUUAAGUUGAACAAGUUCAAUCCUGGAAUUCAGCCAUGCUAGCUUCACUUAUUUUCCUAUUACUAUUUAUCCUGUUCCUCGGACUAGGUACUAGCUUACCACUUAUCUCCAGUUUACCUGCCAUUUUUAUUUAGUGCCCAAAUCCAAAUGGUUUUCAGGUUGCAAUAUCUUAAGUAUUUUUAUGGCAAAAGUAGCCUGUUUCCUUUUCUCCCCUUUUCUUUUGUCCUUUGAUUUAUAAUUUCUCAGAAUUUUCUCAUUAGUUUCUCUCAGCAGUUUGGAUUCAGGAAGCACAUCUUCUUGGUUUGUCAGAAUAAGUCAUAUCAUUUUACUGUGCAAACUGAAAAUGUUUUCUAGAUUUUACAUAGUUUGUGGUUUAUUAUUUGUCAAAAAUUUCUCGCUAAUUACUAUCAAUGGUUUGAAUUUAGGAAUAGCAUCUUCUUCUCCUUUUGUUCAAAGUUUGCAUAUCAAUUAUUAUGUAAACUGAAAAGUUUUUUUUAGUAUUAACAGUGUCUGUAGUUUCCAUUAAAUAUGUUGCCUAAUUAUGGAGGUCCUUAACUUCUCCCUCAUAGAUAUCUACCAUGUAUCUGUACAUUAGGCAAUAUAAGAAGUAAUGAAUAGAAUGGACACAUGACACUUCUAUUCUGUCAGAUAUUUACUUAGACAUCACAUAUUUUCUGCAUAUGAACAGUGGUCUA